AUGUUUUUGGCGGAGGAUCCUGUCAAUUUCGCUGAGAGGAUAAAGGCCGCUCUAGAGCUCAGACACGAGACUGAGAACGUUAUAAGGUAUGAAUUCUUCAUGGACUGUCUGUCAUUAGACGGUACACCGAAUAUGGAUGAAAAUAUACGGAAGAAGAUAUUGAAACUUUCAAUCGGCACUAGCAAGGGAAAGAAAGCCAUGUUUUCGGAAUACUUCCAAAAAUUGAUCGCAGAGAUUGAGCUCAACCACCGUAGGAAAAUUUCAGAAUUGGAGCUGAGAUUCCAUCUCAAAAGCCAACAUGAUUUCAAUUAUUUCAAACCUCCGAAAAUGGAUGUUCCUAAGGAGCGAGAAAAAAUCACUACGAAAAUGGAGAAUUUCCAGGAAAUAAAGAAAUACUUCAGGUGGUACAAUAUCUAUGUCGUACCUGAAACUUAUCUUGCCAUGUCUUACGUAGUAGGAGAGUGCCUCAAAGUAGCACAGAUGUCGCUGUUCACUUCUAAUUAUGGCACAAAGUACGCAACGUUAGAAGAAUUUGAGUCUGCUCAGACACAAACUACCAGUAUCGUUAUGAAACAAUUGAGAGGACCCUGGUUGGAAACUCUCGUCUUCAAUAUCAGAAUGUGCAUCGGAGAUCUUGGUAAAGGAUGGUUCGACAUCAACGAAUCAAAAUUUGACACUUACCUGAUAUCAAAGCUAAUCAGGUUCAUGGAACUAGUGAAAUUUAGAAUGCAGUAUACGUUACGGUUGUUGGUAGAGAAUUCCCUCCAAACUUUCAUCAACCUAGUAGAGACACCAUGCCUGCCUUGCUUAAGCGUGCCAGACGACUACGUUUGGGGGCCCGAUCUAACAUUAAGCACUUUCUUGUCAAGAGCACCGCCGCUUUUCAGCCUUCAACUCAAAAUGAAUGAAAAUGGAGCAUUUUAUUCAACUCCACCGGAGUCCUUUGGGAAAGUUCUUCUGAAACUGUUCGACGAUGGCCUGAAGCAGACUCACCAGAUCAAGCAAGUCCAUCCGUUCCUGCUCAGCAAGCUACGGUUUCCUAAGGACCUCAAUCUAUCCUCUGUCGGUCUGUUGUCUGAAGAAGUUUGCGAGAUCAGAGAGCGCUUCCUGAUAGCGUACGAAAAAUCGCUGAUACCGCUGUUGGCCUACGCGGAGGAGUUCAAAGUUCACAUCGAACUCUACACUAUGGACAUCGGCCAGUUCAUAACGACUUACAAAAAUGAACAGCACACCGCUACCGAAGUUAAAGAGGAAGUGUCGACCCACUUUCGUUUGAAAAACAGCUUAGAAGUCACCUUGCCUAACGCCAUCUUCAUCGGUCCCUUUUUCGUCACCGUCGACCGACUCAGACAAUUUCUGAUCCAGAAAAGGCAGGAGAUAGGCGCAAAACUGUUGGAUAUGUUCGCUGCACGAAUGAAAGAGUGUAUCGAAGAGGUGCUUCAAGAAUUCAAGCAAAUCAUGUUCAAACUGGCUGAAAAACCGGAAACUAUCGAACGUGUUUUCGAGAUGAGAGACUGGAUGGAAACUAUACCGAUGUCUGUAAGAACUUUUGAGGAAAUUACAAGGAGAUAUGUAUUGGAAUAUGAAGUUUUGGAUCAUUUCUGGUAUGGGCUGCCGAACGAUGAUUUUGAAAACAAGUGGGAGGCUAUUGGAUGGCCAUUGAAAAUUCAGCAUGCAGUGGAAGCUACAGAAACGUUUUUGAAAGAAGAGGAAGAGAAGUUCUACAAAAUGCAAUUAACUGACGAAUUUGCGCUGAACGACAAAAUCGAGAUUUUGACUGCUCAAGUUGUGCAAAUGUCAAUGAUGAGGGAUUUCACCAAGACACAUGAAAUCGCCGUCGAUAUGAGAAGAGUUUGGAAAAGUAUGAAAGAGGCUCAAGAACAAGGACAACUCCUGAACCAGAGACAGAAGUUGUUCAAUGUCCCAGUAGUACCUUUUGACAAUCUGACGAAGCUCUUGAAAGAAUUUGAACCGUACAACAAUUUGUGGGGAACUGCAUCAGAUUGGUUACGUUCUCACGAAAUUUGGAUGGACAAUCCUAUAUUGAACAUAGACGCAAACGCUAUCGAAGGUACAGUAGCUGACAUGUACAAGAUGAUGGUGAAAUCGAUCAAGGUGUUCAGUGAUAUCGAGGCGGUGCAAAGUGUAGCGAUAGAAAUCAGAAACCAGAUAGAAGCAUUCAAGCCGAUGAUACCUUUGUUGCAAGCUUUGAGGAAUCCGGGAAUGAAGGAUAGACAUUGGAACGAAUUUCAACGAGAAACAGGUAUAACUUUACAAUGGACCCCCAUUACGACUUUCAGUGACUGCCUAAAACUUGGCAUAGAACAUUUUAUGGACUCUAUGAUAAAAAUCGGCGAGACUGCUACGAAAGAAUAUUCAAUAGAGCAAACCCUCGACAAGAUGGUCGCAGAAUGGGAAAAUAAUAAACUAGAGUUGACACCAUAUAAGAAUACUGGUACUUACAUCAUGAAAAUAUCGGAAGAGAUCCAACAGAUGUUGGACGAUCACAUAGUGUUGACCCAGCAACUGUCUUUCAGUCCCUUCAAGGGACCCUUCGAAGAGAAGAUAGACGCCUGGGAGGAGAAACUCAGGAUCACUGCUGACGUCAUCGAAGAAUGGAUGGAUGUGCAAAAGCAAUGGAUGUACCUGGAGCCAAUAUUUACUAGCGCCGAUAUAACCAGACAGUUGCCAGUCGAAAGCAAAAAGUACAACUCGAUGGAAAGAACGUGGAAACGAAUCAUGAGGAACGCCACCGAAUGUCCAAACAUAAUUGAAUACUGUGGCGACCGUAAACUAUUGGAGAGCUUGAAAGACGCCAAUCACAUCCUUGAGGUGGUCCAAAAAGGGCUCUCCGAAUACCUAGAAAUCAAACGUAUGGUGUUCCCUCGUCUCUAUUUCCUCAGUGAUGACGAGCUACUAGAGAUUUUGUCUCAAGCUCGUAACCCGUUGGCUGUGCAGCCUCAUCUAAGGAAAUGCUUCGAAAACAUUGCCAGGUUGACUUUUGAAUCAGAUCUCAAGAUCACUCAGAUGUUUUCUGCUGAAGAGGAAUGCGUCGACUUGGAUCCUACUUUAUAUCCGGAAGGUAACGUCGAGUGCUGGUUGGUGCAGGUCGAAGAAUCCAUGAAGAAUACCGUCAGAACGACCUUGGGAAAAUCCCUCGAUGAUUUGCCAUUGAAAGAUAGGAAAGAUUGGGUUCUGUGUUGGCCUGGCCAAGUAGUGAUAGCUUGUUGUCAGACUUUUUGGACUACUGGUGUAGAACAGGGGAUCCUCGAGAAUCGUCUGAAGGAAUUCUUAGAAGACACCUUACUAGUCAAUUUGGAUGCACUACGUAGUUUGGUCAAAGGAAAUUUGACUUUCCUGCAACGAGAGAUUCUUUCGGCUCUAAUCGUCAUCGAAGUACACGCCAGGGAUGUGACCCAGAACUUAGUGAACCUGAAUAUCGUGAACGAGAACGAUUUCGAUUGGAUCAGUCAGCUACGGUACUAUUGGAUCGAGAACCAGAUGAAAGUACGCGCCGUGAACGCCGAGUUCCAGUACGGGUACGAAUACCUCGGCAACAGCGGCCGUCUAGUGAUCACCCCCCUCACCGAUCGAUGCUACCUCACGCUCACAGGGGCCUUGCACCUCAAAUUUGGUGGAGCUCCCGCAGGUCCCGCGGGUACCGGCAAGACGGAAACGACAAAAGAUCUGGCCAAGGCCAUGGCUAUACAGUGCGUCGUGUUCAAUUGCUCGGAUCAGCUGGACUUUAUGGCGAUGGGCAAGUUCUUCAAGGGCUUGGCUAGUUCAGGAGCGUGGGCUUGCUUCGACGAGUUCAACAGGAUUGACAUAGAGGUUUUGUCGGUAGUCGCCCAGCAAAUAACGACGAUCCAGAAGGCGCAACAGGCUCGCCUGGACCACUUCUUCUUCGAAGGUGGCGAGAUAGCCUUGAAGCAAUCGUGCGCCGUCUUCAUCACGAUGAACCCGGGCUACGCCGGUCGAACCGAGCUGCCGGACAACCUCAAGGCUCUCUUCAGACCCGUCUCGAUGAUGGUGCCCGACUACACGCUGAUCGCCGAGAUAUCGCUAUUCUCGUUCGGGUUCGGAGAUGCUCGGCAGCUGGCCAACAAGAUCACGACCACGUUCAAGCUCAGCUCGGAGCAGCUGAGUAGCCAGGACCACUAUGAUUUCGGGAUGAGAGCGGUGAAAACGGUCAUUGCUGUCGCGGGCAAUCUCAAGCGGGAGAAGCCGAACAUGGACGAGAAGCAGAUCGUGCUAAGAGCUAUCAGGGAUGUUAACGUACCCAAGUUUUUGAAGGACGAUCUGAAGUUGUUCAAUGGUAUUGUAUCAGAUCUCUUUCCUCGAAUGGUGGAAGAACAAAUCGACUAUGGCAUUCUCAAGGAGUCUAUACGAAGUGCAAGUUUGAGGCUCGGUCAAGAAGAUGUUGAAGAGUUUGUGAAGAAAGUGAUUCAGUUAUAUGAAACAACGGUGGUUCGACAUGGUCUGAUGUUAGUCGGACCAACAGGAUCUGGAAAAACCAAGUGCUACGAAAUUUUGAAAGAAGCUAUGACAGCGAUAAAAGGACAGCCCCAGCCUAGUGGAUAUCCUUUCCAAGCAGUCCAGACUUACGUGCUGAAUCCCAAGUCUAUAACUAUGGGUCAGCUGUACGGAGAAUUCGAUUUGCAGACUCAUGAAUGGACUGAUGGUAUCCUACCCUGUCUGGUUCGGCAAGGCAUCACGGCCGAAGACAAAGACAAGCGUUGGUACGUGUUCGACGGACCUGUCGAUGCCGUCUGGAUCGAGAACAUGAACACCGUCCUUGACGACAACAAGAAGCUUUGCCUGAGCAGCGGCGAAAUCAUCAAAUUGCGUGACACGAUGACGAUGGUGUUCGAGGUGGCCGAUCUAGCCGUAGCCUCACCAGCAACGGUGUCCAGGUGUGGCAUGGUAUACCUGGAGCCGGGUGUUCUCGGGCUACAGCCUUUCAUCGAGUGCUGGCUGAAGAGGUUGCCUGAGUUGGCCAAGCAAUUCAAGGACGACCUCAGGGAUCUGUUCGCGUACUACGCUUUGCCAGCCAUCGAUCUGGUGCGUAGCCAACUGAGGGAAAUCCUGACGUCCGUCGACUCGGCCCUGCUGACCACAUUCCUUCGGCUGAUGGACUUCCGGAUGGGCCCUCUGGCAGGCAGAGAUAACAAACCACCUCCCGCACCACCGUUCCUCGCUCUGAUUAGGGGCCUUUUGGUACCAUGGGUGAUAUUCUCGGUGGUGUGGAGCAUAGGGUGCACAUGUGACAACGAUGGCAGGGUAAUUUUCGACCGGUGGAUUGUAGACAGGAUGAAGGCAAAAGGUCAUAAGCCGCUUCCACCUGAUCAGGGUUUGAUUUACGAUUACAGAUUACAUGAUGGGGGCUUCACUGAUGCUACGAAUGACAAUGAGCCUGCUCCUCCCACUUGGAGGAGUUGGAUGGAGAAUAUGGGCGAGUACAAAAUAAGUGUCGACAUGAAAUAUUCAGACAUCGAAAUUCCAACUGUGAAUAAUGUACGAAACUCGGAACUCCUUGGAACGAUUUUGUAUAACGAGGACAACGUAUUAUGCAUCGGCCCAACUGGCACUGGAAAAACUCUGACUGUGAUAGCGAAGCUCAGCAAAAAUAUGCAAAAGAAGUUUAUUUGCGAUUUCAUCAAUUUUUCUGCUAGAACUACUGCGAAUCAGACCCAGGAUCUAAUCGAUUCAAAGUUGGAUAGGCGGCGUAGAGGUGUUUUCGGUCCGCCAAUAAUGAAAAGGCAAAUAUUUUUCAUUGACGACUUCAAUAUGCCAGCGUUGGAGGUAUUCGGAGCCCAACCACCAAUAGAACUCAUCAGGCAAUGGAUGGAUUUCGGAGGGUGGUACGACAGAAAAAAUAUAGGAGAAUUUCGUACGAUAAUCGAUGUGAACUUUGUGGCAGCGAUGGGUCCCCCGGGAGGGGGCAGAAACCCGGUGACAGCUCGUCUCCUACGCCAUUUCCACUUUUUAACGUUCCUCGAGAUGGAGGACGACAGCAAGCGGAAGAUAUUCGGGACGAUCUUGAAAUUUUGGUUGGAUAGAUCUCAAGGUUUGGGCGACUACUAUGACGCCAUACUUUCUUCAUCUCUCGAAGUGUACACAACAAUAUUACAAGAGCUGCUGCCUACUCCAGCUAAAACCCAUUACACUUUCAAUUUGAGAGAUCUCAGCAAAGUUUUCCAAGGGAUAUUGAUGUUUACACCGGAAAAUCUUCAGGAUGUGAACGAGAUGCUCCGUCUGUGGUAUCACGAAUGCUGCCGCGUCUUCCAGGACCGCCUCGUCAACGACGAAGAUAGAACCUGGUUCGACUCGCUCCUCCGACAAAAAAUCCAGCAAUUCUUCGAUGUCAACCCCGAGCAGGCCCUCGGCUCUGACACGAUUCUCUUCGGAGACUUCCAAGACGCUUCUGUCGGCGCCGGACAGUACGUCCAGAUCCACGACUACGACAAACUGACCGAGUCUCUCGACUUCUACUUAGCCGAGUACAACUUGCAGAGCACCAAGCCCAUGAAGCUGGUGCUGUUCCUCGACGCCAUUUCGCACGUAUGCAGGAUAUCCAGGAUCAUCAGACAGCCCAUGGGGAACGCCCUGCUUCUGGGGAUGGGCGGAUCAGGGCGCCAAAGUUUGACGAGGUUGGCAGCAUUCAUAACGGAAUUCAACUGUUUUCAAAUCGAACUCAGCAAAGCAUAUGGGUCCAUAGACUGGAAGGACGAUAUCAAAAACUUGAUGCUCACUGCUGGUCUCAUGAAACGGGAAACGGUGUUUCUGUUCUCUGAUACACAGAUAAAAUCAGAGUCCUUCUUAGAGGAUUUGAACAACAUCCUGAAUUCUGGAGACGUUCCCAACGUAUAUCAACCCGAAGAGUUGGACAAGAUCUACCAAGGCAUGAAGGGUACCCUCCAGGAGCUUGGACUGGCUGCAACCAAAUCGAAUUUAUUCGCGGUUUACCAAAAACAAGUGCGUUCUAAUCUUCAUAACGUCAUCACUAUGAGUCCUAUCGGAGAGAUCUUCAGAGCUAGAUUGCGACAAUUUCCAGCUCUUGUUAACUGCUGCACCAUAGACUGGUUCAGCCCUUGGCCUGAUUCAGCUUUACAGUCUGUUGCGUUGCAAUUCCUUAAAGACGUGGAAAACCUCGAGGUGUCCGAGAAGAUCCUGCAAGGCAUCGUGGUGGUGUUCCAGUUCAUGCAUGCCAGCGUCGUAGAAGCCAGCGAGCUGUUCAAGCUGGAGCUUUCCCGCCACAACUACGUCACGCCCACUUCGUAUUUGGAGCUGCUGUCCAGCUACACGGAUCUGAUGAACAAGAAGAAGGGGUCGCUCACCGAAGGAGUAGGAAGACUCAAAACAGGACUUGGAAAACUUCAGAAUACUUCCGAGGAAGUUAAGGUUCUUCAACUGCAACUGAGAGAUAUGAAACCAGCACUAGAAGUGGCUGCCAGGGAUGCUGACAUCAUGAUAAGGAAAAUAGCAGCUGAUACGGUGAUUGCUGAAGAAACUAAAGUUAUUGUGGAGAGAGAAGAAUUCGAAGCUAGUAAAAAAGCUCUGGAAACGCAAACCAUUGCCGAGGAUGCACAAAGAGACUUGGAUGAAGCAAUGCCCGCCCUGCUAGAGGCCGAAAAUAGUUUGAAAUCUCUCAACAAAAACGACAUAGUUGAGGUUAGGUCUAUGAAAAGGCCGCCAGCUGGAGUAGUAUACGUAAUCGAGUCAAUAUGCAUUGUCAAAAACGUCAAACCAAAUAAGGUACCAGGAAUCAGACCAGGAGAAAAGAUACUGGAUUAUUGGGAGCCUGGACGAAACAUGCUCUCUGAUCCUGGAGGUUUCCUCGCUUCUUUGAUGAACUUCGACAAAGAAUCUAUCACAGAAGACAUGAUAGAAAAACUGAAGAAAUAUGUCGACGAUCCACUGUUCACCCCUGCUAAAAUCGCAAAAGUUUCUAAAGCUUGCACUUCCCUGUGUAUGUGGGUACACGCAAUGUACAAAUACUACUUCGUUAACAAAUCAGUCGCUCCGAAAAAAGCAGCGCUCAAAAAAGCGAAAGAAGAAUUGGAGGAGACGGAAAGGAUCUUAGCAGAAGCAAAGGCCAAGAUGAAAGAGGUUCUCGAUGGCUUGGAAAAGCUCCAAAUCCAGCUAGCUGCCAAAAUAGCCUUCAAAGAAGAAAAGGAGCGAAGCAUCUCCUUGUGCGAGGAAAAACUGAACAGAGCGCUAAGGCUUAUAACAGGACUCUCCGACGAGAAAGUGAGAUGGUUAGAGACCAUCAGGAACAUAGAGGCCAACGUGGUCAACAUCACCGGAGACAUCCUCAUCUGUUCCGGUUGCGUCGCCUACUUGACUCCCUUCACCGACUCCUACCGACGGAUGUUGUUCUCUAGCUGGUUGGAGCUCAUCUCCGAACACGAGAUACCCUUCACUGAGAACUGCAACCCUGUGUCCAUACUUGGUGAACCCGUGCAAAUCAGGCUAUGGCAGCUCGAUGGACUACCCAGGGACUAUUUGUCUACGGAAAACGCGGUACUCGUGUCAUGUUCUAGAAGAUGGCCGCUUUUUAUAGAUCCUCAAGGGCAAGCUAAUAAAUGGGUCAAGAAUAUGGGUAAAAGUAUGGGUCUAGCAGUCUGCAAACUGGCCGACAAAGACUUGAUGCGCACCAUGGAAUCGGCCAUUCGGUUUGGCAAAGCCAUGCUGAUAGAAAACGUCGGGACAGAUCUAGAUCCGGCUCUGGAUCCAGUCCUGCUGAGACAAGUAUACAGCCAGAGCGGGACGCUAGUAGUGAAGCUAGGCGAUGUCGUAGUGCCAUACGAUGACAAUUUCAGGUUGUUCAUCACCACGAAGCUGCCGAAUCCCCACUACACACCCGAAGUGUCCAUCAAAGUGCUGAUGGUCAACUUCACCGUAGUUUCUAGUGGCUUACAAGAUCAGUUGUUAGCUCUAGUGGUGAUGCAAGAGCGUCCAGAUUUGGAAGAGCAAAGGAGCCAGAUAGUCGUGAGUGUUGCUCAGAUGAAACACGAACUGAAAGAGAUCGAGGACAGAAUAUUGAUGAAGCUGAGCACCUCGGAAAUCUCCCCGUUGGACGAUUUAGAUUUCAUCAUAACGCUGGAAGCUUCCAAAGUAAAAAGUGAAGAUAUCAAGAAUAAAGUAGAAGCUGCUGAGAUAACGCAGAUCGACAUAGACAAUACGAGAGCACUGUAUAUCCCUGUUGCGAACAGAGCUCAGAUUUUGUUCUUUUGCUUAGCUGAUUUAUCGAAUGUCGAUCCUAUGUAUCAGUAUUCUCUGGAAUGGUUCGUCACGAUUUUUGUGUCGAGUAUUGCAGAAACAGAAAAAUCAGAUUCAAUUGAUGAGAGGGUCGUUAUCAUCAACGAUUACUUCACGUUCAGCUUGUACGGCAACGUAUGCAGAAGUUUGUUCGAGAAACACAAGCUGCAAUUCGCCUUCCUGCUAUGCGUCAGGAUCCUGAUGGACGAGAAAAGGAUCAACCCCAAGGAAUGGCAUCACUUUCUGGCAGGAGGAUCGCCUCUGAGAGACCUGCCCAACCCUGCUCCUACUUGGUUGUCUAUCAAGGCUUGGAAUGAGAUACUGGCACUCGAGGUUCUGCCGAUUUUCCAACCGUUUGUUGAAUCGUUCGCCAACAAAGUCGAUCACUAUAAGCAGAUAUUUGAGUGCCAAGAACCACAUAGGUAUCCGUUACCAGUUCCGUUCGACCGGGACCUAGACGACUUCCAGAAGAUCGUGAUCCUGAAGAGCCUGCGACCAGACAAGGUCACCAACGCGAUGCAAGACUUUCUGUCGGCCAAACUCGGUCAGCAGUUCAUCGAGCCGCAAACGUCCGAUCUGUCGGCCAUGUUCAAGGAAUCAGGUCCGACGGUGCCGUUGAUUUUCGUUCUGUCCACCGGCACCGAUCCGGCAGCGGAGCUCUACAAGUUUGCCGACCGCCUGAGGAUGACCAAGAGGAUGUUCUCUAUAUCGUUGGGACAGGGCCAGGGCCCCAGGGCCGAAAAGAUGAUCUACGAUGCCGUGGAAGUUGGAUCGUGGGUUUUCUUCCAGAAUUGUCACUUGGCUCCUAGUUGGAUGCCGCGUCUGGAACGCAUAAUAGAAACCAUAUCUCCUGAUGUAGCUCACCGGGAUUUCCGGAUAUGGUUGACCUCGACCCCCUCCCCGCACUUUCCGGUAGCCAUUCUGCAAAAUGGCAGCAAGAUGACCAUAGAGCCCCCGUCCGGGCUGAAGGCGAACAUGCUGAGAGCCUACAAGAACGAAGUGUCCGAUUUUGCCGAGUUUUUGCAAUCCGAGCACAUCAAAGCUGGCGAUUUCAAGCUAUUGGUGUUCUCCCUGUGCUUCUUCCAUGGCAUCAUCAUCGAGAGAAGGAAAUUCGGCCCUUUGGGCUUCAACAUCCCCUACGAAUUCACCGAUGGCGACCUGAAGAUAUGCAUAUCCCAGCUGCACAUGUUCCUGCUGGAGUACGCCGACGUGCCCUUCAAGGUGCUCACCUACACUGCUGGCCACAUCAAUUACGGCGGUAGGGUGACCGACGAUUGGGACAGGCGGUGUCUGAUGAACGUCUUGGCCGAUUAUUACAAGAGCGAAGUUGUCAGCCAGGAUUACGUUUAUGACAACAACGGGUAUUAUCAUCAGCUACCAAUAACGACAAUGUUCGUCGACUACAUGGAGUACAUAAAAACUUUCCCCAUCAACGACGACCCCUCCUUGUUCGGCAUGCAUCCCAACGCAGACAUCACGUUCGCGCAAGUGCAGACCUACCUGUGUCUGUCCACCCUGUUGAAGCUGCAGCCGAAGCAGGUGGGCGGAGCGGCCGCCAGCCAAGAAGAGGUCACCACGAAGAGCGCCAGGACGAUAUUGGACCAGCUGCCGAAGCCCUUCGACUUGGAACUCAUCUCUAAAAGAUACCCAGUUCGAUACGAGGAGUCCUUGAAUACUGUCAUCAUUCAAGAAGCCAUCAGAUAUAACAAGCUAUUGAACGUCAUCAAGACUACACUGAACGAGCUGCUGAAAGCUCUCAAAGGUUUAGUGGUGAUGUCGGAAGCCCUGGAAAAGAUGACUCUGAGCUUAUUCAGCAACAUGGUUCCUGGAUUGUGGGCCAGUAAGGCGUACCCUUCACUCAAACCACUUGGUGCUUGGGUAACAGACUUGAAAGCGCGGAUCCAAUUUUUGAACACAUGGGUGGACGAAGGAAUACCGCCAGUAUUUUGGAUAUCUGGAUUUUAUUUUCCUCAAGCUUUUCUCACUGGAACCUUACAAAAUUAUGCAAGAAGAUAUGUGGUGUCCAUAGACAGCAUAAAUUUCGCUUUUGAAGUUCUAAAUGACCAUCCAAAACAGAGGCAAAACGAUGGUUGCUGUAUUUGGGGCCUUUUCUUAGAGGGUGCCCGAUGGAACCCACUGAAAAAUACGCUAGACGAAUCUAAUCCCAAGGAACUUUAUACAGAAAUGCCCGUGAUUUGGCUCAAACCAGAAGAACAUCACAAAAAACCAAAUGAUGUUUAUGAAUGUCCAGUUUACAAAACCCUCACCAGAGCAGGGGUAUUGUCAACUACAGGGCAUUCCACCAAUUAUGUUUUAGCUAUAGAGGUACCCAGCACGAAACCAGAACCCCACUGGAUAAAAGGAGGUGUUGCACUGAUAUGUGCAUUGGAUUAUUAA